AUGGACAUUUUAUUGUCUUCCGAAACAGGGGUUUGCUUUUGUUGUAAAUAUCAUUGCGAGCAAUUCAUUUAUGUGACAUAUAAAGGAUGCGAAAUCAUACACAUUAAAGGUAUAACAAAUGCUCGUAAUUUCUUCUUUACAUUUCAUGGUCGUGUUGUCACAACUUCAAGUAACGAUCACGAUCGAGGAUUAAACAAAUUAGCAUGA